CAGAGCUUUACACGAUCUACAGUGUUUUGUCUGUAACUUAGUUGUACACUCAGUCUGUACACUCAGUGGUGAUGGAGUAUACUGGGUUCAUGUGUCUCCUGCUGUGUGUAAGCGUACACACAGCCAGCAGCGUAAAACAAUCUUGUCAAAAGAAAAACAUCUGCCUCGUUAAAUGUGGCGAUAAGACUGAGGACAGUGUGACCUGGAGCAGAGACGUAGAUGGAAAAAGGGAGAAGACUCUCACUGUCUACAAUGCCAUAGUUACCAAACACAUCAAUGACACAGACACACGUUACAGCUCAGGACCAAGUCUGAUUCUGAGUAUAUUCGGAUUCUCACACUCAGAUUCUGGUCAAUAUUAUUGCAAUGAGAACACGGUGGAGCUCAGUGUGAUAGCUAAGACUGGAACAAGCACUCAAGACACAACUAGGACUGUUCAGUGGAUGUUAAUAGCUGCAGUAGCUGGAGGCUUCGUGUUCACAUUAGCAUCGGUGCUGGUUCUGUGGAGAUGUUUAUCCAAAAAGAAAGCAGGAUCUUCAGAUCAGCUGCCUCUCUCUGAGGAUACUUACACGACUCAAUCAGUACCACAACCAGCAGGAUCAUCAAAUUAUCUACACUUCUAUGAGUCUCUUUAUUGGACUCCAUCGGCUCCACAAACAGGAGAUGGCCAGCAGAACCCAGGGGAUGGCAUUUAUUAUCUGGCUACACAGCCUGGAAUCAAGAUCAUGCCAUAACACACAAACUU